UGCGGACCAGGAGCGAUGAGCUCGGGGACCGUGGCAGUGGCACCCCUUGCUAAGAAUGUGGUGGUCUUUCGCAACGGGGAUCCCUUUUUCCUUGGCCGGAAGUUUGUGGUGAGCCAGCGCCGGUUCCUGACCUUUGAGGCCUUUUUGAAUGAGGUGACCAGCACCAUCCAAGCCCCCGUGGCUGUUAGGAGCAUCUACACACCCCGACAGGGUCAUCGCAUCACAGACUUAAGCGAAUUGCAAAAUGGUUGCCGGUACGUGGCUGCAGGGUUUGAGAGGUUCAAAAGGCUCGACUAUGUGAAUCCUGGAAUGAAGCAGUUGAACAAGCACCAGAAAAAAAACGGACUGCGGAAUUAUCCAGGUGCUCCUCAGACGGUGACGGUUGCGGCAGGAUGGAAGCGGCAAACGAACCUUCCCUGCGUCAUCCACAUUUUCCGCAACGGAGACUUGCUCAGCCCCCCCUUCCGAAUGAUCCUGACCAGGAGCACCCUGCAGGAAUGGAACCUCGUCCUCAGCCUUUUGUCAGAAAAGGCAAAUCUGCGCACCGGAGCUGUGAAAAAGCUCUGCAAGCUGAAUGGCGACCUCAUCUCCCGGGGCGAGGAGCUGGUGAGCGGCGGCUAUUACGUGGCUGUGGGGCUGGAGAAGUACAAAGAUUUGCCUUACUUCGAACUGCUGGUACCCCCCAAAAUGGCUCACUGUCCCUUUCGGAACUUUCCUACCAACAGAAGAAGGAACUACAAUCAGGGGCUUGGGGAACUCCAGGAGGCUUCCCAAGAGGGAGGCAGCGACUCAGCACUCCAUGAACCAGCCCGACAGGGCUUCCAGCUGAAACUUCAUCGGGUGCACUCCACAGGGAUUGUGCCAAGAGGAAGCAGUCCAAAUUCUUCUGAGUCCAAGCCAACCAAGAAAUAUCCUCACCAAGAUAAAGUGACGUCCAUCUUUCAUGCCAAGCCAGACCAGGUCGGACAAGUUAGCCAGAUCUCCGGCAACUGUUCUGCCCAAGGAUGUCUUACUGUGUUGUGUUUCAUUUUUCCUUCAGAAGACGAAAGUGUUUAUAAAAUGAAAGGGGCAAGACAGGAGAUGGCAGAUGCGCAGGAAAUAGGAGAAGACGAAGACACGCAGGUUGAAUUUCCCAUAGACCAGAAAGCUGCAGCGAUUGUGGAAGAGGAAGUUAUACCAAAGACUAAAGGAGUGCUGUUCAACAAGGUAAUUAAGAAUACUUUAAUCAGAGCACCGGAGAGAAGAAACAACGGGGUUUAUACAACGACUGAUUCAUCUUAG